UUCAAUUCCAUCUCUUCCUACAUACUCUCUCUCUCUCCAAAACACACAUUCCGGAGCUGAUUGCUUUAUUAUUCCCUCUCCCAUAUACUCCUAUUUAUCUUGUUCAUCAUUCAAAGCUAAAACACACACAGACUCUCUACGACUCCAUUCCACUCUAAGCAACACAUUCAAACUUAACCUUUUCCAUGAUUCGUUUGUCUUAUCAUUUCUGGCUUUCUUGAUUUUCUCUUCUCUCCAUUCUUCCUCUGUCCUUCCAGAUUAUACGCACAUAGUGAACCAAUACUCCUUUUGUCCCUGGAAUUUUUCCUCCUCUUUUGCAUUCCUCUCCACUGCAUAUCUCUUUUCACGCACUCUACAACCACAUUCAUCAUCAUCUAGACCUUCCGAGUCAAACGCUCCAUUGACUCACUGUUCCGACUCGCUCAAAUGACGGACACUCUCCGACGAUUCGCUCUCAUCGCCACCGCAUUCUCCAUCACACUCGUCUUCCUCCUCGCGAUUCCCGCAGGUCUCUAUUAUUACGACAUAUCUCUCAAUCAUUUAUCUCGAGCUCUCUCCACCACCGUUGAUUUCUCACCUUCGCCGCACCGGAAGCUUCUCCGUUCCGAUGCUGCAGCUACAAUACUGGAACCAGACAGAGUCUGGGGGGACAAAUGUUCCACGUCAGAUAUUACCAUUUACCAGGGACCCACAGCUCCUCUUCCUAGUGGCAUCCCAACCUACACUGUGGAAAUUAUGAAUAUGUGUUCCACUGGCUGUGACAUUUCGGGGAUACACCUCAGUUGCGGUUGGUUCAGCUCAGCUCGGCUCAUCAACCCGCGUGUCUUCAAGCGUCUCAGAUACGAUGAUUGCCUUGUCAAUGGUGGAAAGCCUCUGGCAGUGGGAAGGGUAAUUACCUUUCAAUAUGCCAAUAGUUUUAGGUAUCCUCUAUCUGUUCAAAGGAUGAAAUGUUAGAGACCAGAUUAUUAUCUUAUAUAUAGAGGUAUAAAAUAGCAGCUAUAUAUUUACACGGACUACUGUAAAUGAGUUCAAGGGAUUAAAUUUUUUGGGGAUAUACUUUCGGAGGAAAUGUGGAUGGUGAGAAUUGCUUGGCAAAAAAUUGCAGGUUGUGAGAAUUGGGGUUGAGAUAUGGAACUGUAAUGAGAUAUGUUUAAGCUAGUAUAUAGACUGGGCUUGCUUUUGAUUUCAUGACCAAGUGAUCCUUUUACAUAGAAGCAUUUGAGGAGAGAGCUUAAUUACAAUCUUUUGUUUGUUAAUUAACAAUGAUAUAUCCUACCUGUACAUAUUUUUAGAUGAACGGAAUUGCUACUACUUUCCAAAUUCCUGUAACUUUGCGCUAUACUUAUCUUUCCUUGUAUUGUAUUAUUAUCUACUCAGCAUCAUUACUAAUAG